CAGCAGUGCCACCUACCUGUGCCCAGUAGUGCCACCCACCUGUGCCCAGCACUGUGCCCACCAGUGCCACCCACCAGUGCCCAUCAGUGCAGCCCAGCAGUGCUGCCAGUCAGUGCCACCAGUCAGUGCCCAGCGGUUGUGCCAUUCAGUGCCCAGCAGUGCCGUCAGUCAGUGCCCAGCAGUGCUGUCUAUCAGUACCCAUUAUCAGUGUUGCCUAUCAGUGCCACCAAUCAGUGCCGCAUAUCAGUGCCACCUAUCCGUGACACCUCAUUAGUGCCGCCUAUCCGUGCCGCCUAUCAGUGCCCUUCAGUGCUGCCUAUCAUUGCCGCCUAUCAG